AUGUCACGGUUCAUGACGCUCACACUGUCUUCCUCUAGUCUGCCCGCCGUUGUGCCCUCUCAGCUUUCAAGAUGGAGUCGAGCCUACGCCUCUGCCUCUGAAGAGAAGGAUCUGGUCAUCAUUGGUGGCGGUGUUGCUGGCUAUGUCGCUGCUAUCAAGGCUGGCCAAGAGGGCAUGAAGGUCGCCUGCAUUGAGAAGCGCGGCACCCUCGGCGGAACCUGUCUUAACGUCGGCUGCAUUCCCUCCAAAGCACUUCUCAACAACUCUCACCUCUACCAUACCAUCAAGCACGACACCAAAAACCGCGGAAUCGACGUCGCCGACGUCAAGUUGAACUUGGAGCAGUUCAUGAAGGCCAAGGACACUGCAGUUGGUGGCCUAACCAAGGGCGUCGAGUUCCUCUUCAAGAAAAACGGUGUUGAGUACAUCAAGGGCUCUGGCUCUUUCGUCAACGAGAACGAGAUCAAGGUCGACCUGAAUGACGGCGGCGAGACGUCGGUUCGCGGAAAGAAUAUCCUGAUUGCCACUGGAAGUGAGGCGACUCCCUUCCCCGGCUUGGAGAUUGAUGAGAAGCGUGUGGUCACCAGCACCGGCGCGCUUGCCCUGGAAAAGAUACCCGAGUCUCUUGUCGUUAUUGGAGGUGGCAUUAUUGGUUUGGAGAUGGCUUCUGUGUGGUCCCGACUGGGAAGCAAGGUGACAGUUGUCGAGUUUCUCAACCAGAUCGGUGGCCCCGGAAUGGACGCCGAGAUCUCAAAGAGCACUCAGAAGAUCUUGAAGAAGCAGGGUAUCAACUUCAAGACCAGCACCAAAGUCGUGGGCGGUGACAAGAGCGGCGACAAUGUGAAAUUGGAGGUUGACGCUGCCAAAGGUGGCAAGCCCGAGACCAUCGACGCUGAAGUUGUCCUUGUCGCCAUUGGCCGUAGGCCGUACACCGGAGGUCUUGGCCUCGAGAACAUCGGCCUGGAGGUGGAUGAGCGAGGACGCGUCAUCAUCGAUUCCGAAUACCGCACCAAGAUCCCCCACAUCCGCUGUGUGGGCGACGCAACCUUCGGGCCCAUGCUUGCGCACAAGGCUGAGGAAGAGGCUGUUGCCGUGGUCGAGUACAUCAAGAAAGGCUACGGUCACGUCAACUAUGGUGUCAUCCCUUCCGUCAUGUACACGUAUCCCGAGGUUGCCUGGGUCGGUCAGAGCGAGCAGGAUCUGAAGUCCCAGAACAUCCCUUACCGGGUCGGUUCCUUCCCAUUCAGUGCCAACUCUCGCGCCAAGACCAACAUGGACACUGAGGGCAUGGUCAAGAUGCUUGCCGACCCUGAAACCGACAGGCUCCUUGGAGUGCACAUCGUUGGGCCUAAUGCGGGCGAGAUGAUUGCGGAGGCUACGCUGGCUCUUGAGUAUGGAGCGUCCAGCGAGGAUAUCGCACGUACCUGCCAUGCCCAUCCCACUCUUGCUGAGGCCUUCAAGGAGGCUGCUAUGGCCACCUACUCAAAGCCUAUCCACAUGUAG